AUGCCUACUCUGCGAGAACGCAAGAAUCCCGGUGCUGGCACCAAGGUCGAUUUGGGUAAAAAGGCUCCAGUCAGCCAGGAAGCCGCAGGGCUCGUCGAAUCGGAAUCGCUCGCCGCUGAAUCAUACGAACACGAAGGCGAAUUUUCCGAGAACCGCAACGCCCAGCCCGAAGGCGUCUCGGGGUCCAGCCAGAGCGAAGUUGGUGGUCGAAAAGAAGCCAGUGGUCAGCAGAAAGCCAGCGGUCGACAAGGAAAAGGUGGUGUUGCGGGCGAGGCGCCCAGUUCCGCGGCAGACCAGCACAGCACUGGCGCAAAGGGCCAUCAUGGGAAGAAGGUCAAGGAAGGGAUGAGCGACAAGACUGAUGAGAAGAACGAUGGGCUUGCGAGGGCUCUGAGGGCUGAGCCGGGGAGUGAGGAUGAUCCGAGCAGGUUGGCGGAGAGGCAGAUGCUGCAGAGGCAGAGUCUGGGGGCGAGAGGAGCUGGGCCCAGGCAGGGGGAGUUGGCGGGAGAGACGAUGUAUGAUGCGUUGGACAAUGAGGUUUCUUUGUGGCUGCGCCAGUUAUUUGAUCGAUUCCACUCUAUCAGAGUCUUUGCUUUCCGAGACGGCCAUCGCCUUGAAGACGCGACUCGUCACGCCAAGGCCUCGAUGCCGGCAAUGCCAGAGGAGAAGUCUAUGCUGCGACCGCUGCAGCGACCAGAGACGGAUUCAAGACAGCAGCAGCAGCAGCAGCAGCAGCAGCAUGGCUUAACGUCUGGAAACGGCCGGCGAGGAAGUGCAGAGGGGGAAAUCGAUGCGGAGGAGAUGGAGCAUCAGCGGUAUGGAGAGGCGCAGCCGCAGCUGGUGCCGAGCGAUGUGAUUGAGACGAUGAUGAUGGCGAAGGGACGGAAGAGGGAGAGUCUUGAGGGCGUAUGA